AAAACCGGCACGACGGUAAGGACGGCAUCCCAGAGGCAGCAAAGAUGGAUCGUUGGGUAGGAAAGGUGGCCGUUGUAACGGGGGCCAGCUCGGGCAUCGGUGCGGAAACGGUGAAAGCGUUCGCCAACGCCGGCAUGAUCACGAUCGGCCUAGCACGCCGUGUCGACCGGAUCGACGAACUGAAGAGCCAGCUGCCGGUGGAGGCUGCCGGCCGGCUGCACAGUGUGCGCUGUGAUGUGACCAAGGAGAAGGACAUUCUGGCCGCGUUCGUGCACAUCGAGCAGCACUACGGUGGCGUGGACGUGCUGGUUAACAAUGCGGGUGUUGCACGGAGUGCGGUCGGACUGCUCGAUCGCAACAAUACGCAGGCAUUGCGCGAUGUGAUCGACACCAAUCUGGUGGGGUUGGUGCUGUGCAGCCGUGAGGCGGUCCAGUCGAUGAAGCGACGCUCGGUCGAUGGACACAUCGUGCACAUUAACAGCAUCCUUGGCCACAAGGUGCUACCGAUGGGCACGCUUAACGUCUAUCCGGCCACCAAGUACGGCGUGACGGCGCUCACCGAGACGAUGCGGCACGAGUUGCGACUGGCGGGCACGAAAAUCAAAGUGACGAGCAUUAGCCCCGGAUUGGUAAGGACGGAGAUCAUCCCGAACAGCGAAACCAUCAAGGAUAUGCCCAUCCUGGAACCGGAGGAUAUCGCCAACGCCAUUCUGUAUGUCGUCGGUACACCGCCACGGGUGCAGGUUCACGAGCUUACGAUCAAACCCGUUGGUGAAAUGAUGUAACACCGAGACCUUCAAUGGUUGCUAGUGCUUUGAAAUACAUGGAAUACGUAAAAGAAA